AUCUCAUCACUAUAGAAAGACAAAAACAAGUGGAAGGUUUAAAACGAGAGAGAGAGAAAGAAAUGGCGACGUCGGGAACAUACGUAACUGAGGUUCCUUUGAAAGGAUCGGCGGACCAACAUUACAAGAGCUGGAAGAGCGAGAACCAUCUUUUCCCUGACGUCAUCGGCCAGCACAUCCAACAUGUCAUUGUUCACGAAGGCGAACAUGACUCUCACGGGUCUAUCAGGAGUUGGAACUACACAUAUGAUGGAAAGCCGGUGACGUUCAAAGAGAGGAGAGAAAUAGAUGAUGCGAACAAAACGUUGACGAAAAGAGGACUGGAGGGUCACCCGAUGGAGGAUCUCAAAGUGUUUGACGUCGUCUACCAAUUUAUUCCAAAAUCUGAGGAUAGCUGCGUCUGCAAAAUCACAAUGAUAUGGGAGAAGCGCAACGAUGACUUUCCAGAACCAAGCGGUCUCAUGAAGUUCGUCAAGAACAUGGUCGUUGACAUUGAGGGCCACGUCACCAAAGCUUAACCAUUAUCAUCACCGGCCAUGAUCACUACCAUCAUCACCAGUCCAUCAUCAGUAUCUCGAUGUAUUACUUCAAAAGUAUUUCAAUAUAAUAAAUAAUGGGCUCUUAUGGAGUUCCAAGUUCUAUGUAAUUGUUUGGUAUUGGAAGAUGCUUUGAUAUGUUGUUAUAUGCUUAUCAUAUAUCGGCUUCGAUAUAAAAUGAUUAUCAAUAAGGAAAAGUAUGUUAUCUAUAUGUUUUGAUAUGUUGUUA